GGAACUCCAGAUUUUUGGCGAUCGCGAACAGACAACAACAUGAAGGACUGAAAUAUCCAAUUCCUCGUCGGCGCAUCCAUCCCCCCACGUCACUCCUUUGGCCUCCGCCCUGUACAUAACCAAUCGGAGCUGUACUAUCUUUACAAUCCGGUAUAACGACAUUACCGUGAUCGUUGAUCUGCAAAGCGCUCCGCGACCGACCGACCGAAAAGUGUUCUUCCUGGAAGGAAACCCAUCAAUCGAGCAGCCCAAUUCGCGACAUCCCAAAAUCGACGGCCAACGCGCCACCUUCAUCAAAGUUAAAUCAUCUCAAUCACCGUCCGCAACGACAUCCAACACAUCCAACAAUGUCCACAUCCACACCCAAAUACGGCGAACGCCUCCUAAAAUCCCAAGGCUGGCGCGGCAAAGGCUACUCCCUGCACCCCACGGACAACACCAUCGGCCUGUCCAACCCUUUGCGCAUCUCGCGCAACACCGACGGCCGCGGCAUCGGCCAAUCGACGCACUACACGUCGGACCAAUGGUGGCUGGCGGCCUUUGACGAGAAGCUUAAGGGGCUGGACACCUCCAAGGAUGGAAAAGUGGUGCAGACGACGACUCAAUCAAAGCUGGAUGCUGUCACGGCGAAUAUUGGUGGGGGCAAGUACACGGGGGCGGGAGGACUUUAUGCGAGUUUUGUGAGGGGGGAGGGACUUGCUGGGACUGUUGAGUCGUCGGAAAGUGGGAGUGGGAGGAGUACGCCGACUGAUAGGGAGGAUGUGGCUGGACUCAAAGGUGGAGUGAAGAAGCAUAGGGAGAGUGGGAGUAAUAAGAAGAAGGCGGAGAAGGAGGAAAAGAAGAGGAGGAAGGCGAUGGAGAAAUUGAAAAAGAAAGAGGAGAAGAAGGCGGCGAAAAAGGCGGCAAAGAAGGAGGAGAAGAGGAGGAGGAAAGCAACAGAGACGAAGGAGGAGAGGAAAGCGAGGAAGAAGGAGAGGAGGGCGAAGAAGGAGGAGAAAAGGAGGAAGAGGACGUCGGAGAAGUAGAAGGAGAAGAAGGGUUGAAGACGUGAUGGAGGAUGGAGAGGUUGAAAAGUUGUUAGAAUGAAGAUACCCCCCGUUUGUUGAGAAAGGAAACCAAGCUCACCACUGUCCUUUGCGAUUCGCCAAGCUGCUCCUUGACAAGUGUGUACGGC